CAUUGCUGGAGUUGACCAGAAUGGGCAGAUGCCCUUGGGCGAUUCUUUCCAGCUCGAUGACGACCUUCUGGAUGCGCCCUGGACUCAUGAACCGGUCUGUACCCAUCACAUUCACGAAAUCGACAGCGAACUAUGCGUCUACACAAUCGCAAACUUCGAUAGAGGGCGGGGCAUCUCCAUUUUCACAACGCCCCGAGUAGCCAAUGAAUUUGCAGCUUAAAUGCCCUUCCGCGAUGUCCAGAACCUUGGCGUUAACGAUUACACGAAAGUCUGGUACACGCAGGCUCUUACCGAUAAAGGCAUUGCCAUGUUAGCCAAGCGCGAUAUCAAGCGCGCCGAGAUGAUUACUGCCUAUACGCCUGUGCUACUGGUCUACAUGGACCCGCAACUAUCGACGCUAGAGCAAGAAAAGUAUCUGAAGAAUGCGGUCAAUUAGCUCCCAGCCCCGACAAUGGAUGCAUUUCUGAGCCUUACGAGGUUCUAUAAGAACCCGAUGGCUGUCAUGCAAGAUGUGCUAAAGUCGAGUACCUUUGAGAUGGAGAUUGGUAGCCAAAUGCAUCUGGCGCUAAUACCAGAGCUAUCCCGAAUGAAUCACGAUUGCGCUCCAAAGCAC